AUGCCGCGAGAGACGCGCGCGAGGCGUCAGCGACCUCUGCAGGUGUUCUUCGGCGGUAGAAUAUUCGCAGUCCCACGCGUAGAUCGGUAUCAAACAGUCGUCGAGUCCAUACAGUUCACAUGCAGGGCUCUCAGCAACAUUGACUUGAAUCGCGUCACUCUGCAAUCUGAAGCAAUUCCCGACUGCGAGGGUGUCGAGGCGGUCAUCUCGCCACUUCUCUGGUCUGAAGUGGCGGAAGAUGUAGGAUUGGUGAAGGUCGUUCUUGAAGAAGAAGGAGAAGAAGGCGCUGAAUCCGUGGCUACGAAUGAGGGUGGGAAUAGCGACGUCGGGGGCUCGGAGGAUGAGGCAGCUCCGCUGGCUUCUACGCAUACUGGAUGCAGCAAUUCUCCUGGACAGAUACGACUUAACGUGGCGACGCGUACUGGCAAGAGAAUCCCGAUCGAGGCGUACCCGAACAUGUUCGUUCAGACCGUGAUAGCCAUGAUAGCUCUCGUUGAGAUGGGCUCGGUGUCCUUUAUGGACCAGAUAAAGCUGUGUACCAGGGAAGGACGCUCAUUGCCAGAAACUGAUACGCUAGAGGACCACGCGAUCGGAGACGGGACUACCAUCUACUUGGUUCUCCAGCUGCGGGGCGGGAAGCCCGUCAUCUACCUUAAUCCUCCCGCUAGAUCUUCCAACGUGCAUGCUUCCGUGGACCUCAAUUUGCACAAGUCCUGGUAUCUGUCAGCGAUAUGGCCUGUGCCAUUAUCUUCUCGGCGGGAAGGUACAUCGUAUGGACGACGCGUUCUCUGGAACGUCUCUGCUUCUCCCGACGGAACCCUCGUCGACAAGGACUCGGGUAUGAAUGUUUCGUACCUCUACUGGGAGGCAUUGACGGACACUGCAAACCUACUCUCCCCACCACCAUCUCCACGCCGGUCCACCGAUUCUGUAGCAGUCAUAUCAGACGUCUCUACUUUCGAUCCCGCCUGCCCAUUCAUAGGCCCGGACGACUCUGUACUGCUUCCAUGCAACAAGAUAGGAGCCUAUCUCGACAACGCUCUGACUGGCCUUGGGCUUCAUACCGAAGCGCGCACAUCCUUUAUCACGUACUGGCUCCCGAGCAUCUUGAAGCACUCUUACGUAGCUUUGCGCUUCCUUCCGCAAGAAGAGUACGAACAAGCCGCCGAGUUGACCGUCAAACCCACACCGGACGUCGUCACCCGCGUCUUUAUGCUAUUUCGCGGAGUGAAGGAAAGCCAACUCGCAGACUGGGAGCUUGCGCGUGCACGCGCUUCUGAGGACGCUGCGUUUUGGCGCGAUGUUGUGGGAGUGGACUUGAGCGCUGCGCUUGACGACACGCUGUUCCGUGUUCUGGAGUGGGGCGGCAUGGAGGUCUUAGGAUGA